AUGCGUCGCAACCUUACAGAUACGACAAUGGAGGUCGGGGGCGUUUCUCGACCGAUGACGAGCCCCACCGAUCUGCACGAAGUCUGCCAGAACGAGCCGGGAUGCUGCCAACUUUCGCACGCGAGGGCUGAAUCCAUCAGACUAAAAAAAAAAAAAAAAAGAUACCCAUGGUUGUGUGGCCUUUGCAUACAUGCAGGCAUGGCAUUACUCUGA